GAUUGAUUGAUUGAUUGAUAUGAUCGCAUGAUAUCAUGGAGGAAUUAGGCCUAGUUUAUGUUAUCCGGUUCAGCAAUUAUCAAAGUUUAUGAACAAUCAGAACAUAAAUUGCAAAAACCGAUUUAUAUGAAGGUUUAAUUCUACUAUAUCAAGGGCAGAGAUUUUUAAAGUGUGAAACAACAAGUGUUCAGUCACUGGAAAAAUUGUUAGUAUGGACCUCAUAAUUCUGCAUUGUCAGUGUAAACACAAAAUUUCUGUAGAUAAUACUGAAGGCAAUGAUCUCACAGUCCUCGAUCUCAAACAUGCUGCUGCGAAUGCUACAAAUGUUCCUGUUGAAUCUCAAAAACUUAUAUUUAAAGGAAAAUCACUGAAUGAUCCCAGUCAGCUACUCCAAGAAGUUGGUUUAAAAAAUGGCAGUAAAGUAAUGUUAAUAGGCAAAAAGGUUGAUAUAGAAGCUGAUGUUAAUUUCAAGAAGAUCAAAGACAUUGAGAAGAAAACUGCGGAUUUUGAAAAGAAACAACUUGAAAUACAGGAAGAAAUUCAAGGUAUACAAAAGGGGUUUCUACCAGAUGACUUGGUAGCAGAUGCUUUAAAAAGGUUACAGAAGAGGUUAGCAGUGUGUCAGGAGGAGUUCAUGAGGUUGCUGGAACAGCUAGACACGCUAAGUAUAGGUGAGAAUCACAUGGUAAUAAGGAGCAAAAGGAAAGCCACAGUGCAAGUGAUACAAGGAAGACUAGAUUUUAAUGAUUCCUUAGAUAAAAAAAUCAUUGACUUUUCGCAACCGUGACAACAUCCAAGAAAAGUGAGCAAUGCAAAAAACCACAGCGCUGGGAAUUUAGCAAGACUUAUGUUCAGUUUCGUACAGAAAAAAAUUCUUGUAUUUGUUGAUAUGGACAUAGGCCUAGUGCAAGUAAAAUUUUUAAGGUAUAAGAGUGCAAUUUCCGGGCACCAAUAGGAUCAUAUUCUUAAAAUGUUCUCACCACAGCCCCAACUAUGGUGGGCCCUACCGCCAAAUCCUGCAUUGCGCCAGCAUCUGACACUCUACAUCACUCGCGCAAAUCAAAGCUUUCCUGCAAAUUCACUUAUUCAGGAUCUAAAUAUGGAAACAUACUGAUCUGGAUUUUAAUAUAAAAUGUACACUGUGACACCCCUGUGUCAAGCCCUAUAUGGAGGAGCAGGGAACCUGGAUAGAUUACUUAAGCUUCAAAAACGUGUUGUCAGAAUUAUUGAUUUAGCUUCAUUUGCAUCGUCUUGUGAACCUAUUUAAAAAACUAAAAUUAUGGAUCUAAACAAUUAUUACAAGUUACUUCUUUUAUGUUUCAAUGCACAAAAGGUCAACUCCCAACCUCUGUAUUAGCUUUAUUUCAUGAUUAUAAACUUACACACAGUUAUUAUUUAAAAAAUUCAAACUCACUUCACGUUCCUUUUGUAAGACUAACUAAAAGCCAAUUUUUUAUUUCUGUAUACGGACUGAAAUUAUUAAAUGAUACUCAUGUUAAGUUUAAAAAUUGCAAUAGAACCCAUACUUUUAGAAAGCAGAUGAAGAAAUAUCAUUUAGAAAUGUACCAAUCUUAACUUAUGUUCAUCGUAUUAUUUUAGUAUGUAUAUUCUGUGUGAAUUAUGUGUUUGUAUGUAUAUAUAUAUAUAUAUAUAUAUAUAUACUUGAUAUGCAUUUAUUAUUAUUAGUUUUUUACUUUUUGUCUUGUCAGUGUCAAAUUGAGACAAGCUUUGCUUCUAAAGCUUUGCUUCUAUUUCUGAUCCUAAUUAAUCAAUUUUAAUGUUGUCCACUUUAUCAAUUUAUGUAUUUGAUAAUAAAUUAAUUAAUUGAAUAAAUGUUAAUUAAAUAAAAUUAAAAUUGGAAUCAUUGUGCUGAUUUGUGCGUGGUCUGUGACUAUCUGGCUGCUGUACAAGAGGUUCUUAUAGUAGCUUCAUGUUUACAUCC